GAACAGUGCAACAAGCAAUGAUCAUCGAUCGAUCUUGGAAGAAUGGUCAUUGGUGACCAUUCUCACUUUUGAUCUUCCGCGGGACUUCCAUGAACCAGCAACCCAUGACCUUGUCCCGCCGAUGUGUCGUCUGCAAAGGCAUGGACGCCAUUAUUCUCUUGGAAGGAUGCGGUCACGCGUUCCACUCGCGGUGUGUCUUUGAAUGGCCACUGCGCACGUGCGAAGUAUGCCAGACUCCGUGCGAUUCCAUUGCACUCGUCGGUCGCUGCCGCCGCAUGCCGACCUCCCCCACGUCGCCCACCAUGAGUUGCCGCCGCAACUGGGACGAAGUCGAACGCGAAUACUGCAUGUUGCUCCUGGACCUGUUCAAGGAAGGCAGUUUGCCGUUGAAACCUGGCAUGCACCUGCGUCAAACACUGGCGAUGCUGCUGAACUGCAACCCCAUGCGCAUUACCAAGAAAUUCAAACGGCAGAAUACCCUCGGAAAACAAAGGUACGCGUACCAUGCGACCCCCACGGGAGCCACGUACAAGCGUCACGUCCAACGGCAGAAGCAGCUGUCCACCCUGCGCGAUGCCUUCUACUGGCAGCUCAAGCUCCAAAGCGGCCGUGCCAUGGACUCGAUGCGGGAAGCGGAGACGGAAUUUUGGCUCACGCACUUGGUCGCGUUUGCCAGCUCAGUUGGCCAGGUCAUUUCAUCCACGAUCGUCGUCGUCCCUUCCACUCCGCCGACGCCAUUGCCCCGGGAGCAGAAGCACUCGGUCACGAUGAAGGUCGAAAGCCCCAUGGCGAUUGAAUGCGCGGUCGAGCAAUACAUGCCGUGCAUGAGCCAGAUGGAAUGGGAGAUCAUGGAAGACCUCAAGUCGCAAUGCGGGAUCGACCCGCUGCCGUGGUCAGGACACAGUCUGCUGCACGACGAGCUCGGGUCGAAUGACAGCUUGGGCAGCUUUCUUUUGGACAAAGUCACAGUAGACGACACAAUCUGGCAUUUCUAGCCCAUCUAUUUAUCAACAGAACUGUGGUGUCGGUAUAUUAAUAUAAACAGUUUUGAUCUGUGGA